UAAAAAAGCCUCAAAGAGUGUUUCACUCUUCCCCAUCUGGGCCCCAGAGCUGCUCAGAGGAGAGAAGUCAUCAUAAGAUACUGACAGACACCAGCAGAAACUCAGCAAGAGCUGUCACUGGGGACAGCACCAGCUACAGCAUCAUGACAUCUCAGCCUGUGCCCUCUGGCACAUUCAUGAUUGUAACUCCCAGUGGAAUCAGUGUCCCCCAGAUGGAACAGCCUGGACCUUCCUCUGAGUCAAACAACAACCUGAAGAAAGGGCUUAAGGAGGAGUCCAAAGCUCUUGGGACCAUCCAGACCUUGACUGGCCUGAUGAUUUUGGGCAUGGGCAUCAUAUUGGCAUGUGCACAAGACUCAACCUACUUCAAGCCUUCCUAUUCCAAAAUCACAAAGUCUGGCUAUCCAUUUAUAGGUGGGGUGUCGAAAACCAUGAUUCUGGGCUGGGCUCCAUCAAUUUCAGUAGACAUUGCCCAAGGGGCUCAUGUUGCAGAAAGGUCAAGAAGGUCUGACCCGGGAGUAAUUGGGAGCCAUUCAAAGUUGUUUAUCAUUUCUGGAUCAUUGUCUAUAGCAUCAGAAAAGAAGAAAACGAAAUCUUUGACCCACAUCAGCCUGGCUGCAAACGUGAUCAGUGGCAUCGUGGCAACAGCCGGGCUCAUCUUGUUUUCUGCUGUCCUACCGGAGCUGAAGAAAGAGUUCACUCAGUGCAUUCACCAAGUCCUCGGUACACACCAGCAAGACCAAGAAACACAGAAUGCCUUUUAUACCCGCGGUUACCAUCUUUACCGCCCUACUCCCAGUCCCUGGGCGUGCCACAUGGCUGGCUCGGCUUUUACCGGGACUCUCUCUGUGAUGCUGAUCUUCACUGGUUUGGAGUUAAGUGUCGCUGUGUUUGCUGCUUUCUUUGAUUGGAGGAGACUGUCAGCGGAAUCUAAUGGGAGAGUCCUCUUCUUACCACAUGGUCGCCAUAUCAAUUCCAGCUUAAGGACAACUCUUUAUGACCCUGCCUAUAAAGAACUGGGGGCAUCUACUUAGAAGAUGAUGUGGGUUUCCUUCUGAGGGUUUUGCAGGUCACCAUCACGUAAGAGAGCCAAUGCCCAAGAGAACUGUGAUUCAAGGCCCUGAAAACUUCCAAUUUGAAUGGAGAGGCAAAACAUGUUUUCCUUUAAAGUAAAUUUUUUUUUUCCACAUGGAUUGUCAACUUCCCACGUUCAUCCUUGGCCUCAGCCUCGUGGAGGGUUUCCAAGAAAGAAUAUCUCUGUUGAGCAUUUUCCUAGGUUGCAAACUGCCCCCUCCACCCCGGACUCCCCUGCUGUUAUCAUGUGAGCUGUGGAUAGUCAGAUCGGGUGAAUGCAGCUGCCACUUCUGGCGAAACGGAGCCAUAUUAUUUCCUUCUUAUGUUUGCCUUUUGCUGCCCACAGGCUCAGACUAGAGAGCUGGGGUUCCAGUCUCUUGCUAGGUCUGUGAGUCUCUCCAUGUUCACUUUGCCUGUCUAUAUACAAAGGAUAUGAGGCUUUGGGUUAAAUCAGGGGAAUGCUGCUGUGAUUUGCUUACUAAUAAAAUUUUCAACUAUAA